AUGGCUUUUAUUUCGGACAUUCUGGUAGCGGGGUAUGUAUACCUUGUUUACGAGCAUUUUUUCGCAUUUCAAUUUUGCGUUGCGUUUAGUCAUGCUAGCAUCACGUUAAAAUUGAAUGGCAGAGUUUGAUAGAAUAUGACACGUAGGAAGCUCAUGGGUGUACGUUUUAACAGCUUCGUGUAAUGAAUAGAAAGUGUAAAAGAAACGCGAAAAUAACGCAACGAGAUCGAAUUUGUACACAGGUAUCCCGCAUAAAUGAUUCAUUCAAAUUCAGAGAUGGGUUGAAACUAUGGCAGCAAGGAAGAUAGGUGCAAAUAAACCAACAGGAACUUUAUUAGCUUAUGAAGGCGGAUCAAGGAUAAAUACUGACCGAUUUCUUAAACGAGCUGUGAAAGUGCAAGGUUCCUUGGGGUUCGGGGAUGUGCCUCACCAGGAAAUCUUUUGGAUUUUGGUUUCUGAGGCAUAAAGACUGGAUAUUGGCUAGAUUUGAACUUGGAAAAUCUGACCGAUUUUCCUAAAACAGCGGGAACCUGUAUAGAUCUGCUCCUGUUCUGUAUCAUACGUACUGGCAGCUUUUGAAACUAAGCAUAGGAAUAUACAUACUCCCUUUCCCCCAAAGAAGGCCUUACUCUUUGGAGCUGUUUAUAUGAUACCGGAAUGACUGAUUCCUGAACAAGUUUCAUUCCAGAGUGAAGUUCAUGCUGCAUUCACAUGAUAGAAUCAAACAGCUCAACCUAAGGCAUUCUGGAUUGUGUGGUUUUCGCACCAGAUCAGAUGCUCAUGCACCUCUCACCCUCGCCCUACACAAUUUGCGAUUUUCCUUCUGGAACAAAGUUUGUUUUCAGUUUAUAUGAUACCAGAAUGACAGUUUGUACCAGCACAAGAAUUUCGAUCUGAAUGAAAACUCAUUCUGGAAUGACUGGUACAGGAACAAAAUCAUGUGAACUGAUACAAAGAAAUAUAUGAAGAUGGAAUGAACUCGUUCUGGAAUGAAAGUCAUUCCAGUAUCAUGUAAACAGCUCCUUAGAUUGUUUAAUCCAUCAGCUUCACUGCACUUGUCAAGGUGCCUGAAGGGACAUAAAAUUAAAUGCUUCAAACCACUGAGGAAGAGGGAGCACCCUCAAAACAUCUGGUAUUUUCCAUGCCCCUUAACGCACAUUUUGAUAAACUCAAAAAAUCAUCAGACAUAAUAUUAACCAACCAAACGAUACUGCGAGAGAACUGAAGUUAUGGCAUGUCUGUUAACUCACAUACAUAGAGGAUAUUACAUGGCCGCACGGAGAUACGAAAUUUCUCUUCGAGUGUUGAAAAAUAUUUCACAGGUGAGCGCAGCGAAUGAGUGAAAUAUUUUUUUCAACACAAGAAGAGAAAUUUCGUAUCUCCAAGCGACCAUGUAAUAUUCUAUUUAUUAUAUAAACACCAAUGAAAUGCCAAACCGUUUUACUUACUAAGUUUUUUGGUCUGAAAGGUGCGGUUUAUUAUGAAGCCAAAGCAACGGUGAUAUUUUCACAUGUGAAGAUAACAUGUUAUUUUCACAUGUGAAGAUAUCAAGUUUUCUCACGAAAGCUCACUUGGUAUUUCAUUGGUGUUUAUAUAAUAAAUAGACUUAACAACUAACUCUACUUCAUAGGUUAGAUCACUUUUGGUAGGUUCUUUGGUUCAACCCCAGUUAGUAACAAUCACCUGACAAAUUCCCACAGAUAGGCGCAUUUAACCUUUCCCAAUCGCAGACACUUUUUAAAGUCUCAAGGAUGUCUGCUUAUAAAGCAUUCAACUGUAGAAGACUUGAACCUUUGGUGCGGUGCAGUUUAUUUAUUUAUUAAUCAUGUAACUAUAACAGCAUUCUGAAAUCUGAUUGGCUAUCAACUGUUAUGAUUUUAGCACCAAUAUGACAGUGUAAUGGGCGAUUAAUGUAGAAAAUAUCCAUAACAUACCAUGUACAGAUGGCUUCCAUAAUUUAAACUCGCCUUGCCUUCGGAAUUUCCAAAAUGGGCUAUCUCCCCACAUAACCCCAGAAUUCCGUAUAUUUGUUAGGCCCCACCCCCCCCCCUCCCAUUCGGAUCUCCAUUUUUCAUCAAACUCUUGCCUUAUCUUACGCCAUAAAAAUUAAAACAACUCUAUCAACUCACACAAUAGGACAGUGCCAGCAUGCCUUUGUUAAUCACUCAUAUAAUUACAGACUAAAUUGGAUUCCACUCAGUCCUAUUACCAUUUUUUAUUUCCUUUUCAGCACACUGCUAAUUAAUGCCUGUGCAGUAUUAAACUUCAAACUGUGAGUACUACUUUACGCAUGAUAUGUCUCUUUCUGUAAUGUCAUAAGAAAGUGCAUAAGAAUUUAAAUUUUCAAGAGGGCACUGCUAGAAAAAAUCCUGAAAAGCAAAAAAAUUGCUCUCUCCUACUUUACAGGUAAACAAAUUUAGCACAAGUUUCAGGAAGGGGCAGUGUUGGGUGGCAAUAUAUUAAUAUCAAAUUCCCUGACAUUUUUUCUUUGCUUUCACAUUGUUUAUUUAUUUAUUUAUUUAUUUAUUAUUUUCCCACAAUAAAGAUUACACAAGCAUUACAUUAUACAAAGAUGUGGCGAGGGGACCUCAGAAAACCACAAGGCUUGUACGAGGAGGCCCCCUCGUUACAAUAAUAUUAAGCAAUAGAACUAUAACAACACACAACAACGUAGAGUGUCGUGUACUACUUAAAAUCACUGGGUACCAAUAUUGUUACAUGGCUGCAGGGGUGGUACUACAUUAUGCCCAAUGAUGCUGAAAAUGCUGCUGCAGUCAGCCAAGAUCCAGCUUCUCUCCGUGGAGGGAUGGUGGGGGGGGAGGGGCUCACAAGAGGAUUUAUUAGCGAUGAGGGUAGAGGGGGUGCUUAUUUGAAGUUGUUAUUCAAGCAUGUAGGAUCAGAUGACAACAAGAUUCCCCACCAAUACAGAUGUUCUGGGGAUUUUCUUGUGUGACCUACCCAACAGUCUUAUAAUUUUAUCACAUGUGCUAAUUUUUUUAUUUUGUCCUAUUUUUGAAGUAAAAAGAGGAAUCCUACAGACUCAUUUGGUGAUGAAAAUGAUGAACCUUCAUUAGGUAAUCAUCAUUCCAUGUGUUCAUGUAAAUUGAAGGUGACUUGUAAUUGAAAAUUGUAGGCUGCAUCUUCAGUGGUAGACAUGAUUGUGUUACUUCUGUUUUUGGCUUACUGAUUUCUUAAUUUCGUUCUUCUUUUUUUUUUAGCUGAAAAGUUCAGAGAAUUCCUCCUAAAUCUCCGCUAUUUCAGGAUUUUUAUUGGCAUUUGGAAUCUAAUUAUGAUAUUAUGCAUGGUUAUGUAA